AUGUCAGCACCAGAAGAGGAGCCUAUUAUCUUUGCACCAGAGACCUUUCAAUAUAAUAAGUAUUCUCUUGAUAUAGGUGAUGUUGAAAAAGAUCCAAUUGAGCAGUUUACUAAAUGGUUCAAGGAAGCCACAGAUGAUCCAGAUGAAACUCUUGCUGAAGCAGUAACUUUUGCAACGGCAGAAUUACCAAGUGGCAGGGUAUCUUCCAGAAUUCUAUUGUUUAAAGAGUUAGACGUGCGGGGCUUUACUGUCUACUCCAACUGGGAAACGUCUAAAAAGGCUCGUGAUAUUCAAAGUAAUCCGCAUGCAGCACUUACGUUCUUUUGGAAAAACAGCCAGAGGCAAGUUCGCAUUGAGGGUCCAACUGAGUUCGUGAGCAGACAGUUGUCAGAGCGGUACUUUAAGCUAAGAGCUCGUGGUUCUAAGAUUGGUGCCUGGGCAUCGCCUCAAUCUCAGCAGAUUGAAGACCGAACAGAAUUAGACAGAAGGGUUUCUGAGAAGGAAGCUGAGUUUGAAGGUGUGGAUGAUAUCUCUUGCCCACCUCAUUGGGGUGGCCUCAGAGUGGUUCCAUUGGAAAUAGAGUUCUGGCAAGGGAGAAAUUGUCGUCUGCACGACCGUAUCGUGUAUAAAAGAAAUGGCGAACACGACCCAUGGAAAAUAGUAAGGGUAGCACCUUAA